AUGGGAACACUCCAGAGGUAUUUGUGGCGCGGGCGAGACCUUUCAUCAGCGGUGGCGCCCCAGGGGGUCCUGCAAAGAUGGUGGCCCUUCAGGGCCGUCAGGAGUGAGGUGGCAUUCCCUGGGUUCCCACUUAGGGACAGUGCUAUGCCCCGAGGGACCCUCCCAGAUGCAGUGGCGCCCCCAGGGGACACCUUCAGGGGCCCUCUAAGGGCGGCAGCGCCUGGACCAUUAGCCAGGGGCGGCAGCAUCCCCAGGGACCCUCCAAGGGACGACAGCCGCGACCAGGAACACUCCAGAGGCUGCGGCGGGCGGGGACCUUUCCAGGCGGUGACGCCCCAGGGGUCUACAAAAGAUGGUGAAGCCCCUUCAGAGGGCCGUCCAGGGGUGAGUAGCAUUCCCAGGUUCCCACCUAGGGACAGUGCUAUGCCCGAGGACUCUCCCAGAUGCGGUGGCGCCCCUAGAGACACCUUCGGGGUCAGCGAUGCCUCAGGGACCCUCCGGGGAGAAGUGGUGCACACCAGGGGUCCUCCAGGGUGGCGGCAGCAUCCCAGGGGACCCUCAAGGGACGACGGCGCGACCGAGGAACACUCCCAGAGCUGCUGCGGCGCCGGGCAGGGACCUUUCAUGGCGGUGACGCCCCAGGUCCUGCAAAGAUGGUGGCCCGCUGGGGGCCGUCCCAGGAGUGAUGAUGGCAUUCCCAGGUUCCCCUUAGGGACAGUCUAUGCCCCGAGGGACUCUCCCAGAUCGCAGUGGCGCCCCAGAGACACCUUCAGGGUCAGCGAUGCCCUCAGGGGACCCUCCAGGGAAAGUGGUGGUGUUCCCCAAAUGCCCUCCCUGAGGGGCGGCGGCGUCCCAUGGACCAUUGUAGGGGCAGCAGCAUCCCCAGAAAGGACCCUCCAAAGGGACGACGGCUUGCGACCAGGAACACUCCCAGGGCUGUGGCGCGGGCAGGAACCUUUCAUGGCGGUGGCGCCCCAGGGUCCCUGCAAAGAUGGUGGCCCUUCCAGGGCCGUCCCAGAGGUGAGUGGCAUUCCCAGGUUCCCACUUAGGGACAGUGCUAUGCCCAGGGACUCUCCCAGAUGCGGUAGCGCCCCCAGAACACCUUCAGGGGUCAUUGAUGCCCUCACGGACCCUCCAGGAAAAGUUCUAAAUAGUGCAAAAACUACUACACCCAAGGGCCCUGCAGGUCUGGUGUUCCAAAGGAGGCCCUCUAAGGCGGCAGCGCCCCAUAUGGACCAUUGUAGGGGCGGCAGCAUCCCCAGGGACCCUCAAGGGGCGACGGCACAGCCAGAACACCCCCGAAGGCUGUGGCGCGGGGCAGGGACUCAUGGUGACGCCCCAGGGGUCACAAAGAUGGUGGCCCCUUCCAGGGCCGUCCCAGGGUGGUGGCAUUCCCCGGGUUCCCACUUAGGGGACAGUGCUAUGCCCGAGGGACUCUCCCAGAUGCGGUGGCGCCCCCAGAGACACCUUCAGGGGUCAGCGAUGCCCUCAGGGACCCUCAGGAGAAAUGGUGCACCAGGGGUCCUCCAGGGGUGCAAAAACUACUACACCCAAGGGCCCUACAGGUCUGGUGUUCCCAAAGGCCCUCCUAGGGGCGGCGGCGCCCCCAUGGACCAUUGUAGGGGCGGCAGCAUCCCCAGGGACCCUCCAAGGGACGACAGCACGACCAGGAACACUCCCAGAGGCUGUGGCGCCGGGCAGGGACCUUUCAUGAGCGGUGACGCCCCCAGGGGUCCUGCAAAAGAUGGUGGCCCUUCCAGGGCCGUCCCAGGGGUGGUGGCAUUCCCAGGUUCCCACUUAGGGACAGUGCUAUGCCCCGAGGGACUCUCCCAGAUGCGGUGGCGCCCCCAGAGACACCUUCAGGGUCAGCGAUGCCCUCAGGGACCCUCCAGGGAAAGUGGUGCACACCAGGGGUCCUCCCAGGGGUGGUGGUGCCCCCAGGGGCCCUUCCAGGGUCAUUGGUUCCUCUAG